CUUUGCAGAUAGCGAGACGUGAGGCGGGAGGUGCGUAAGUCUCUGGGACUGUGUGAGUCUAACAAAGAGGUGACACUACUGGUCCGUGAUCAUAGGCUCGAAGUAAAACCGACUAGCUCUGCACUUGACUCUCAUUACGGUGUUACUGUCGCGCAGUGCGCUCUGUCUUUCCGCUCAUUGAUCGGGUCGAUGAGUUCCCUGGCUGCGAAUUGGGCGACUUGAUCGGAAAAGAGAGAGCUCCUUAACGGCUCUAACGUCAGUCCCUGCGGCGCUAAGCUACUGGAGGUCGAAGGGAUUUUUCUGUAACAAUGGCUUCGGCACAGGAGAAGAAUAGACAGGUGAUUCAAGAAUUUGUCAAACAACCGGGAAACGACUCCUGUGCGGACUGCGGUGUGCUAGACCCUGACUGGGUGUCGGUGACUCUGGGGGUGUUCCUGUGUCAGGGCUGCUCUCUCCUCCACCGCAGCCUCCCCAACAUCAGCCGCCUAAAGGCCGUCCAGGACCCCGCAUGGGAGACCGCAGAAGUGGAGUUGGUCACCUCACUGGGGAACCUUGCGGCCAAAGCCAAGUAUGAACAGAGUGUCCCUGCUUUCUACUACAGACCCAAACACACAGACUGCAGGAUUCUCCGGGAGCAGUGGGUGAGAGCCAAGUAUGAGAGGCAGGAGUUCACGUACAUCGAGAAACAAGAGCCCUAUUCAGCAGGUUACAGGGAGGGGUAUCUUUGGAAACGGGGGCGUGACAACGGGCAGUUCCUGAGCCGCAAGUUCAUCCUCUCGGAGAGGGAGGGUGCUCUUAAGUACUACAACAAGCAGGAUGCCAAAGACCCUAAAGCGGUGAUGAAGAUUGAGACUCUGAAUGCUACAUUUCAGCCGGCUAAGAUCGGCAACCCCUGUGGCCUGCAGAUCACCUACCUUAAAGACAACAGCACCCGCAACAUCUUUGUGUAUCAUGAAGAUGGAAAGGAAAUGGCGGACUGGUUUAAUGCCAUUCGGGCGGCUCGUUUCCAUUAUCAUCAGGUGGCUUUCCCCGGGGCCAGUGACACUGACUUGAUCCCCAAACUCACUCGCAACUUUAUGAAGGAGGGCUACAUGGAAAAAACAGGACCCAGGCAUACAGAGGGCUUUAAGAAGAGAUGGUUUACUAUGGAUGACAGACGACUCAUGUACUUCAAAGACCCGCUGGAUGCAUAUGCACGCGGUGAGGUGUUCAUAGGCAGUAAGGAGAACAGCUACACGGUUCUUGCCGGCCUCCCUCCCACCACCCAAGGCUACCAUUGGCAGCAUGGCAUCACCAUAGUAACGCCAGACAGGAAGUUCCUGUUUGCCUGCGAGACGGAGGCGGAGCAACGGGACUGGAUCGCUGCCCUUCAGAGGGUCGUCAACAGACCUAUGCACCCACAGGAGUAUGCAGUUGAGGCUCAUUUCAAACACAAGCCUUGACAAGGCAUCCUCGGGGAUGGAUCCUCCCAGCCACCAAUCCAAAGCCAAACUGAGCGACAGCUCCUGCCUCCAACCCCAACCUUGUCCAAUCAGAGGCCAGGAUGCAGAGCUGUGCAUUGGAGGAAGUCCCUCUCAUCCAACCGUCACCCAACCCCUCCUCACUGUCAUACUCAGCCAAUCAUUAUUCACUCCUGUAGCUAUCUGCCCGCUCAUAGGUCAGCUGUAUAUUCCUUCCAGGAGUAGGGUUUCCUGUGAACCUUUGAAUAAGGAGUUUUCUGAUUGGUUGUCAGAGCCCAAUAUCUAAUCUUAUCCACCAUUAUACUCUUGAAGGAACCCUGAGUGGAACUGACCGCAGGCAGCAACUGACUCUAGACACCUCUGGCCCAAAUCCAGUUUGGAUCCGAUUCAGAUCAGAUUCAGAUUAGAUCUGGCCCUGAUUUCACCUGGAUCUAGUGUGGAUCUGGCCCCGGAUUCUGGCCCCUUCGAUCUCUCUCUGAUCAGUUCCAAGUCUAGCUUGGUUCUGACCCGAACCUGGAUCUAAUCCUGAUCUGUUUUGAAUCUGAUCGGAAUCUGAUCUUGGUCUGGUCCUUAUCUGAUAUGGUUGUGAUCUGGAUCUGUUCUCGACCUGGUCUUGAUCUAGCCGGGCUCUGUUCUCGACCUGGUCUCGAUCUAGCCGGGCUCUGGUCUCGACCUGACCUGGUCUCGAUCUAGCCGGGCUCUGGUCCUGACUUGGUCUCGAUCUAGCCGGGCUCUGGUCCUGAUCUAGCCGGGCUCUGGUCCUGACCUGGUCUCGAUCUAGCCGGGCUCUGGUCCUGACCUGGUCCUGAUUUAGCCGGGCUCUGGUCCUGACCUGGUCCUGAUCUAGCCCAGUGUGUCCUGCUCUGGAGUCAGCUGUUGUGUGCGCAGAUGUCCUGAUGUUCUGUUUUAUUGCUGUGACUGAGCUUAUUUAUUUGAAACACGCCACAUAGGUCUCAGACCAAGGCUGCUUUGGGGUGUUGUAAGAUCUCCUCAUGUCCUCUUGGGCAAUGGUGUGUGUGUGUGUGUGUGUGUGUGUGUGUGAUAGAGAAAGAGAGAGAAUGAGUGGUGUGUGUGUGUGUAUGUGUGUGUGUCUCUGUCGUCAUGUUGUUUAAUAAAAACCAGACGUGUCUCCCUGUCCACUGCUAGUCUCUGUUCUUUCACAAGUGUGAAGUGGGUAUAGAUUUGUGUGCAGUUACACACAUGAAGCACCAGAGGGCAUAUCAGGACCCCUCAUUUCUGUUGCAUGGAGAGGUUGUCACUAAGCACCAACUGAUAUGGAAGAACAGAGUGUGUGUGUGUGUUUGUGUGUGUUUGUAUGUGUCUGUGUGCGCUAGCACAUGCACGUGUGUGUAUGUGUGUGUCUGUGGGUUUGCCUGUAUGCAUGAUAUUUAUCUAAGGACAUGUAAUAGUUGUUUAUCUGCCACCACAUGGCUGAAGCAAUAAAGGCCAAAUGAACUGGA